GUGACAACGUCCGUCGGGGAGGGAUGUGUUACUUUGCACUUUAAUUUUAAGUUUAAAUUGUAUCGUUAGCUAUAGAACAUUAGAUUAAAAAUAAUUCAUGUUCACAGUUCUUCGACAUAGUAAUAUCUAGUUAUUUAAGGUUCUAAACUCGGUUAAAUGUUAGUUUUAUCGAAAUAAACUCGACAAAUAGUUACCUGAAAGAGUAAAUAAAAAGUGAAACGAUAAGAACCUUUCUAGAGAUAAGCUGGACCGGUUCUCGUAAGAAAAAAAGGUCUUCUCCAAGGAAUUCAAGAUUAUGUCAUUAUCUUCGAGAGACAGAUAAUAAAAUAGUGAAUACUUGAUAUUACAUGAGUGAAGAAGAAGAGCUCAAGAUUAACAAAAGAGAUUACUGUUCUAUACCGAAAUGUGCGCGGCAAUCGACAUGUUGGCAUCGGAGUCGUUCUACGGGCACUCACCGCCCGCCGGCUUUCUAUCAGACUACAGUAUACCACCAAGAAGACCUACAAAGCUCACAGCACGAGGCUUCUCAGCACCAUGUUUAACGCCUCUCAAACCUGUGCAGUUAACACUGAAAUCAGCGCCAAGAUCCUGCUUAAGGAUAGCAAAUGAAAAGAAGAAGAAAAAGGUCGUUUUCGCAGACGAUAGAGGAUUUGCGUUAGAACAGAUCAAGUUCAUGACAGAACCGUCUCAUGUUCCACCUUACUGGGCGCUGAAGAUCGUCUCCAGUCCACCUCUAGAGAGGAAACCAGCACCAAAACCAGUCGUCGACUUAUGGGAGACGAGAUUCGUGCAGCCAGCUUCAGAUUAUUUAGAAUUCAGAAGGCGUGUAACACAGGAUUGCGUGUCUUUAGAAAAUGUGAUUAUCAAACAAAAUGAAUGUGCGGUAGACGGUACAGUUAAAGUGAAAAACCUGGACUUUACCAAGGAAGUGUUCGUGCGUACUUCGUCAGACGGAUGGCUGACGAGUGAAGACACGUUUUGCGCGUUCGUAGAAUCGGGACCCUUGAACCAAAACGGAGUAUCAACUUACGACACCUUUGGGUUCCGAUUGCAGUUGCCAAUUCAUUCUAGAAGAUUGGAAUUCUGUGUUUGCUUCAAAUGCAAAGGUGAGGAGUAUUGGGACAACAACGGAGGGUCAAAUUACACGAUAGAAAAGGCCUCGGUCCGAAGCACCCCAGCCAUAUCUUGUGCUAGAAUCAAAUUCGGGAAUUCGUGGACUACAAGAUCGAAUGGGGACGGAAAUGUGCCCUACUGGUGAUUAAUAAAAAGGACUUUAAAUGAAUUAGUGCCGAAA